CUUGUUCGACUCUGCUCAUUACGAAUACUUUCACUUGCUGCUCAGCAUCAGGUUCUUCUGAAUCCUUUGUACGAUGGCUACCAUCAAAACUUUACUCGGCGUCGCAAUAAUGUUUAGUGUCGGCUUUGGUGCCCCAAUGCAUGGCAACUACUCUGCGGGCGUAUCCUGCUCCACAGACUCUGGCGCAAACUGUUUGUGUCCUCCUGGCACGGAUUACUCCCAGUCUGUGACGUGGGCUGUAGUCGGAGCACCUAUUUCGGACGUCAGGGCUCUGAUGAACGAUUUUCACAAGCCUGCGUGGCGAGGAUCACUUCCACAUGCGACCAAGGGCCCAAAUAACGCUCCUGGUAGGUCGCAGCGAACAUCCACAUACAAGACGCUGCAAGGGACGUUCAACUUCACUGAAAUUCUCACCAAACAGGAUGUACUGCUAGACGGCUCUUUCGUUCAAGUUUUGGAGUAUCUGGAAGCAGUCGGAAAUACUACUGGGAACCCAUGGGGCGGAUACUGGAUCACCAUCACUGGGGACUAUGUGUUUGGUGAUGAGACGAUGAUCGGAUGGGCUACCUAUCUUUGCUCUCGUGGGGUCGUUAACGACUGGGCUAAGCUCCACGAAGCUUCCUUCAACAACGUGAUCAACCUUCUGGAGCCCAAGAUCACUGGUACCAAUGUUGCGCCGUUUUCGCUCCCGCCAGCGUUCUCGUAGCUGAUGGAGAUGGUCUUCGAAUAUGGAUAGAUUGGUGGUAUUUCAUGCCGUUUUAGGGUGCCCGAACAUUGCUCGAGUUUGAAGUCUGUCAUUUAAAUUUUGUUUUUGGUAACGUGCAU